AUGGAUUAUAAACAUGUUUUUACCCCUAAAUUAGCAAAAAGCCUCAGAGUGCUUGGCAGGGAGGAUGAGCAGAUCCCAACAUCCAGCACUCUCCAGCUGAGCAGUGGGAGCCCAGGGAUGCUCCCUCCUGUAGUGGUGAAAAUGCUGCAAGAAGAGUAUGUGUCCUUUUCACUGGAAGUGCAGCUGGGCUGGGAAACUCCGGCUGGGCACAUUGCUGAGAACCUUCUCAAAGCCAAAGAAAUAGCCCUCAAUGACCCUCAUGUACCUGAACAGCUCAGAAAUUACUUACAAAAAGCUCUUGAUGUUGCUCUUGGACUAGACCCUUACCUGGAUGCAAUGGCAGCUUCCAAGAGAAAAACUUCACCUAAGCCCAUCCCAGAGGAUACUGAAGGAGGUGAAAGCAGAGUCAGGCUGCAGGAAACACAUGCCUCUGGCUCUUUGAAUGGCAAGUUGUUCGGCCAAGAGGAGGAAUUGCCAGACAAUGGCAAAAUCUUUGCCUGUGCAGAAGAGCCGUACCUCGGAGUGAACAGCCAGGAGGCAUUUGAUUAUUCCUCAGAUGGCAAAAAGAUAAGCAUGCGAGUGGGACCACUGGCAGACACCUUGGAGGCAUUACAUGCUGAGGACGAGCACUUUGAUAUAGUCUUUAUUGAUGCUGAUCAAAGGAAUGCUGUUCAGUACUACAGCUUUGUCAUGGAUAACCACUUGCUGAGCAUGGAUGCAGUGAUCUGUGUAGAGAAUACACUCAUGAAAGGACAAGUCUACCUGGAGAACGUAUCAGAUGAAAAUGUACUAGCUGUCAGAAAAUUAAAUUCAGUGAUUAAUUCAGAUCCUCGUGUUGAGCAGGUGAUUUUGCCUGUGCAGAGUGGACUGAGCCUCAUCCGAAGGAGCCCUGUGCCUCCAGAUGCAGUGAUUGAGUCCAAGACAGAAGUGGUGAAGGACGAUGUCUUCUGGGGCUGCAGCCGGCGCCGCAUCCUGGAGCGGCUGCGCUUGGACGGCAGGGUGGCCUAUGUCACAGGAGGAGGGCAGGGAAUUGGCAGGGCCUUUGCCCACGCCUUGGGGGAAGCUGGGGCUAAAGUGGCCGUGGUGGAUUUGGUCCUUGCCAAGGCAGAAGCGGUGGCGUGUGAGCUCAGCCUCAAAGGCAUUAAAAGCCUUGCCCUGGCAGCAGAUGUAAGCAAGCCUGAGGAUGUGCAAAGGAUGGUGGAUGCAAUCGUGGCUCGCUGGGGCACAGUCCACAUUGCAUGCAACAAUGCAGGAAUCAACCUGAAUUCUGCAAGUGAAGAGACUUCCCUGGAGGAAUGGGACAAAACUUUUAAUGUUAAUUUACGAGGAUUAUUUUUGUGCUGCCAAGCUGCAGGCCGCAUUAUGCUGAAUCAAGGAUAUGGGAAGAUAAUUAACACAGCAUCUAUGGCAAGUUUAAUAGUCCCUCACCCACAGAAGCAGUUGGCGUACAACGCCUCCAAAGCCGGGGUCGUAAAAUUAACACAGACAUUGGGAGCCGAGUGGAUUGACAGAGGAGUAAAAGUCAACUGCAUUUCCCCGGGCAUCGUUGACACGCCGCUGAUCCGCUCGCGGGAGCUGCGGCCGCUGGUGCGGCGCUGGCUGGCUGACAUUCCGGCCGGGAGGCUGGCCCAGCCCACGGACCUCCAGGCUGCUGUGGUCUACCUGGCCUCUGAAGCCUCUGACUACAUGACAGGCCAUAACCUGGUCAUUGAGGGUGGCCAGAGCCUUUGGUGA